AUGGAGGAAUACGCGUUCGUCGUUCACAGCCCGCCGUCUAGACUGCUGCUGCUGCUGGUGAUGAUGGACGAGGAUGGUGAUGAUGGCGCCCAACAAGCCGAGCCGACCAAGAAGCAAAGCUCCUCCGAAGUGCCGCCCGCCUUGCCGUCCACACCCUGCAUGCUAUGUUGUAUCUGCCCUCUCGUCAACCGUAACGUAACGCGCGUGAAAGGUAAAAAGCACUGGACGCACCGGUCAAUCAACCGACGACGAUCGCCAAACUGGCCGAGCUGGGGCCAUGGCUCUUCCGCCGCCGUGAAUGCCAAUCGUCCCUCCGUCCUCGCGCGUUCCAUUACGCCCACGACGACGCCAGCUCGGUCGCGCUUUGGAUUCCCUAUCCGUCUGGAAAAGUCGAACUCGUCGCCUGAUAUUCGGCGAGGUAUGGCGACAGUGGCCUCACUGCCAACCCAGUCUUCCGCGACACGCACCCACGACGAUCACAUCAUGGAUACGCGCACUCCUUCGCCAGGCCCCGCCUUGACCAGCGGCAGUACCACGACCCGCGACGACAAGGUCGACUCGGACGUCCAACAGGACCUCAGCUCAGAGGUCGCUCUGCUCUCAACCAAACUCGUCAACGCGAUCAAUUUCCAGACCAGUCUCGACGACUCGUUACAACAAACUCGACACGAAUUGGAACAGUCACGGCAGCAGUGUCACGCGCUCUCCACCGAAAACGAUCGCAUCACGGCCAUGAUCACGAGUGGCAUACUCAUGAAGAAGAGCGUGGUGGACGAGAACAUUUCUCGCCUGAGGAGUGAAUUGGCAGCCGAGAAGGUGGCGCGCGAAGCGGCUGAAAAGGCAAAAAAGCAGACGGAGAAUGAACUCGAAAACCUUACCACGGAACUGUUUGAAGAGGCGAAUGCGAUGGUCGCCGUGGCAAGGAAGGACGUCGAGGCGAUGGAGCGCAAAAAUCAACAGUUAAGAUCACAGCUGCAGGACACGGAAAUGGUGAUGGCAUCGCAACAGGAUCAGCUGCGUGAGCUGAAGGAAUCGAUGGAAAAGGCACAGGCAGAAGCUUUGCAUUCGCGAGAUCCCAGCAUGCCGACCACCCCGACUGCAAGCUCGGGGGCAGCAUUUGAAGCUCUGCACAGCAUCAUCUCGAACAACGCUUUAGACCCGGAUCAAGCUCCAGACCAUCCGCUACAUUUCGCGCAUUUGGUUUCGCCCGUCCUAAGACACGACACUGCAGCAUACAGCGAAUUCACGGACCUUCUCAUAUCGACACGGCGAACUGGUGCCCAUUCGCGGAAUAACAGCAGCAGCAUGAACAGCCAAUCCUCGCCAGGUCAAUCUCAAGGUGCGCCAGGCACAUCAUCGCCGGUCAUGCCAGGCGGCUUUUCCUUUUCCACCAGUUCCAGUCCUUCCUCGUCCACCUUCAGCGGCGCAGCAAUUCCACCUCUCAAGGACAGCCGGUUUUACAAGCGAAUCCUAUCGGAAGACCUCGAACCUACACUCCGCUUGGAUAUCGCGCCCGGUCUCUCCUUCCUCAGUCGGCGAACGGUACUGUCAUCGUUGUUGAGCGGAAGUCUGUCCGUCGAGGUGUUUCCUCCGAACAAGCAUUACUACGCUUGCGCGCUUUGUGGGGAGAGUCGGCGGGAUGAGCCUCAUGUGCGCAAGCACCACUUCCGGACUUCCGAAGACGACACUGCGCCGAAACCGCUGUGUGAUUACUGUCUCGGCCGAUUACGCGCCACCUGCGAUUUCAUAGCAUUCCUACGAAUGGUUCGGGAAGGCCACUGGAAAUGUGACAGCGAAGAUGAACAAAAGUCUGCAUGGGAGGAGAGCGUACGCCUGCGAGAGCGCAUGUUUUGGUCAAGGCUAGGUGGCGGCGUGGUUCCGUCGUUCCAGCAUUUGCUCGGCAAGAAUGCCCCACCUACUCCGCUAUCACCCACGGCUGCGAAAGGGGAACGGCAAAGUCUCGAAAGCAUCCCUGAAAAUGGAAAUGCUGCCGGAACCAGUGAAGACGAGAAAGUAGAGCAGGCCGACUUUGUGACGCCGCCUUCAAGUACUCACCCUCAACCUGUCGACGCGAUUCCAGAGGAGGUCCCGCCGCAAGCCAAUUCACUCGACCUAGGCGCUCCCGCCACCUCGUCGGAAGAACAGUCCAGCGCGGACAAGAGUGAUGAGCCGACUCCCUCUGAUAAACAAACCCCCACCACCACCGGGUCAGCCACAGCACUCGCUACUCGUCCUCCUCCCCAAGAAAAACAACAACAACAACCAGAGGAAUUCAUCAAACCGGUCCUGAAAAAGACUCCUUCCUCCCUCAGCCUCUCGCCCGCCGUCGAGCAAACCUCGUCCCUCCCCACGCCCAUCAGCCGUUCCUCCAGCACGACCUCCAUCCGCUCCACCGCCACCACUGGCGGCCAAAAGACCUCCUCGGUCCUCGCUCGUGUGCGCGCAAUGGAGGCGGAGGCAAAACGGCCCAUCACCCCUCCUUGA